AGAAGCGAAACAAAGGAGCAAACACGCUGAGCAAUUUUAUUUAUUUUUAUUUAAUUUAAUCUGUUUUAUUUUGGCCACAACUUAUGAGGCUCAUAUUUUUCCAUUUAAUACUUUUAAUUAAAUGGAAAAAUAAUAAAAUAAUUUUAUUAAAUUGAAACCAAGCCACUAGUUUCGUUUGUUCAUCCAAAUCAAGUUAUGAAACCUCGCAAAGGUCUUCAUUUGGCAUGCUGCAGAAUUAUUAUUAUUAUUUAUUUUUACAGUAAAACUGUGAAUUAUUUGGUACUUUAGAUACUGCCUAAGUGAAAAUUCGUGUUUUGCUGGUUAUAGUUUUUCCGUUUCACAUGAGCUUCUUCUAUUUCAGCGUCCAGUGUUACAUUUAAUUUGACCGGAAUCUCUCCUCUACAGCAGAACUUACAUAAUAAAGAAAUAGAAAGAGAAAGCGGAUCGAUUGUGGUUGAGUCAGGUGACUUUAGACGGGGACUUUCCGCGGCAGCACCUUCUGUUUCCUGCGCCUCGUCCUUAAUAUGAAGCUGGACUCCUAUUGACAUUUGGACAGUUAUUUGUCUGGAAACUUUCCCCUGCGCCCUGAAACUUGCUGCAGCAGAAAUGGCGGAAAAGAAGAAGAGGAGGAUGUCAUCUUCAGUGCCUGAUGAACCAACAAGCUCCUUCAUUGAGCUGCCAGACAGUUCACAGAGGGAGACUGGUCUUUCUGAUCCGAGCGUCAUGUCUAUGAAGAGUGAUCGAUCCAAGGGAGAGCCAAUUUACUUUGGUCCAGGAAAGACUGAAAGAUCACAGAGGGAGACUGGUCUUCCUGAUCCGAGUGUCGUGUCUAUGAAGAGUGAUCGUUCCAAGGGGGAACCAAUUUACUUUGGUCGAGGAAAGACUCAAAGUUCACAGUUAAGUGAGACCGAUCUUCCUACUCCGAGCGUUGUGUCUAUGAAGAGUGAUCGAUCCAAGGGAGAGCCACUUUACUUUGAUCCUGGAAAAACUGAAAGCCAACCAAGCCGUUGUGCUGUGUGUAAAGAGCCUCUGAGGGAUCUGGUCCAGUUCACUUGUGGACACUGGUCAUGCAGAGGUUGUGCAGAGCUGGACCAGGACCAGUCAGCUUUAGCCCUGAACAGGAGUUGUCCAAAGUGUGGGAAGAGACGCAAAAAAGAACAUGAUGAAGACAACAUUUUAAAAGUGAAGAAGAACCUUCAAAAACAAAUGCAAAAGAAAUUCUCUUUGGCCUCUGAAGGUAAUGGCGACCAGACUUCACUGAAAAACAUCUACACCACUCUCUACAUUACCACUGGAGAGGGUGAAGGAGUUUCAAAGGAAUAUGCGGUUAGACACCUUAGCGGGAGAUUAAAAAAGCAGUCAUCAGUUGAUUCCUCAGUGAACCUCAAUGAUAUAUUUAAACGAUUGCCUGGCCAAGAGAAACCCAACAGGACAGUCCUGACGAAGGGAGUUGCGGGCAUCGGAAAAUCAUUUGCUGUUCAGAAGUUCAUCCUUGACUGGGCUCAGGAGGAAACAAACCAAGAGGUCGACUUUGUUUUCAGUCUUGCUUUCCGAGAACUGAAUCUGAUUAUGAAAGAGAAAAGCCUCCAUGAGCUCCUGAGUGAGUUUCAUCCAGCACUCCGACCUCUCCAAGAUCCCCUGGAUUACACCAAAACAAAGAUAAUAAUGAUCCUUGAUGGUCUGGAUGAAAGCAGACUCCAGUUGAACUUUGAGAACACGAAGACCGUGUCGUCCCUGAAGGAUGUAACAUCUGUAGGUGGCUUACUUGUUAACCUGAUCAUGGGCAACCUACUGCCUGAUGCAAACAUCUGGAUAACUUCCCGUCCAGCAGCAGCCAGUCAGAUCCCUGCAAAACACGUCGACAUGGUGACAGAGAUAAGAGGGUUCACCGAUUCUCAGAAAGUGGAAUAUUUCCAAAGGAGAUUUAGUGCUGAUUCUGACCUCGCUGCCAGAAUAACAUCUCAUAUCCAGUCCUCACAAAGUCUGGACAUGAUGUGUCAGAUACCCAUCUUCUGUUGGAUCUGUGCUGUCUUAUUCCAUGAAGUCUUCAGCGCAGCUGAGGAGUCCAAAGUCCCUCAGACUAUGACUGAGAUGAUGGCACAUUUUGUUUUUGCUCAAACAAAACGCAGAAGCAGAAAAUUUGACACGAAGAGUGAGACUCACAGAGAGAAGCUUCUAAAAACACACAAAGAGUUUCUUCUGAAACUCGGGAAGCUUGCGUUUAUCCAACUCCUAGAAAACAAUCUCAUCUUUUAUGAGGACGACCUGAGAGGCUGUGGCAUUGAUACUGAAGAAGCUUCUACCUACUCUGGUUUUUGCAACACAAUUCUUAGAGAAGAAGAAAUCUUCCACCAGAGAAAAAUCUUCUUCUUUGUGCAUCUGACCCUCCAAGAGUUCUUUGCAGCUCUGUUCGUCUAUGAAUGUUUUGUUACCAAGAAAGCCAAAGAGCUGGAGAACUUCCUGACAUCCUUGGAGGAUAAAGAAUAUGCUUUACUUGACCUUGUAAAGAUGACUGUUGACAAAGUGUUGGAAAAGAAAUAUGGUCACUUAGAUUUUUUCUUGCGAUUCCUGCUCGGCCUGAUGGUUGAACCCAACCGAAGAAUCAUUCAGGGCAUGUUGACGUCUGUGGACCCAAAUGACGAUACUCACAAGAAGGUCUUAACUUACCUGAGAUCCAUCCGAAGAAAGAACCUGUCUCCAGACGACUGCAUCAACGUCUUCCAGACCAUGGUUGAGAUGAGAGAUAACAAAGUCAAGGACGAGAUUCAACAGUAUCUUAAACUGGACAAUCGUUCAACCAAGGAGCUAACUCCGCUCCACUGCUCUGCCCUGGCCUACAUGCUGCAGGUGUCCAGGAAUGAUCUCGAGGAGCUGGAUUUAAAGAGUUUCAACACAACAGAUGAAGGCAGGAGAAGGCUCAUACCAGCAGUGAGGAGCAGUAAAAAGGCUGUGUUAAAUGACUGCAAAGUGACUACAGAGUGGAUUCAACACCUUUCCUUUGGCUUAAAGUUCCCAUUUUCCCCACUACAAUCUCUGGAUCUGAGUAACAAUGAUCUGAUGGAUUCAGGUGUGAAGAUGCUCUGUGACGGACUGUCGAGUCCAUGCUGCAAACUAAAAAUACUGAGGUUAUCUGGCUGUCUGGUCACACAGACAGGCUGUGAAUAUCUGGUCUCAGCUCUAAAGUCCAACCCGUCCCACCUGGUUGAACUAGACCUGAGCUACAACCAUCCAGGAGAAACAGGAAUUAAGAUGAUUUCUGAGCAAUGUCAGCUCAAAGAAUUCAAUUUUAAACAUAAUGGAAGCCAUCGGAUGAAACCAGGAUUGAAAAAGUAUGCCUGCACACUCACUCUGGACUCCAACACUGCACACAAGAAGCUGCUUCUCUCCGACGGGAACAAAAAAGUGACCUGGGUGGAGAACGAGCAGCCUUAUCCUGAUCACACGGAAAGGUUUGAUCACCAUUCACAGGUCCUGUGUGAACAGGGCCUGCAAGAGCGCUGUUACUUUGAGAUAGAGCUAGUGGAGCCCUGCAGCGUUGGCUUAACAUACAAAAGCAUUGGGAGGAAAGGAGACACAGCAGACUGCAAGCUAGGGAGAAACGAGAAGUCCUGGUGUAAGGUUUGCUCAGAGAGUGGUUGCUACAUACAACACAACAAUCAGAGUAUUUUUGUGUCUUCUCUGCGCUGCUCUCAUGUUGGAGUGUAUCUGGAUUGGGAAGCUGGCAGCAUAUCUUUCUACAAAGCUUUUCAAGACAGCCUCACCCAUCUCCACACCUACAGAGGUCUGAAGUUCAGCGAGGCUCUCUAUCCUGCUGUUGAACUUCUUCCUCAUUCUUCUGCUCUGUUUUGUAAGCCAGAAUACCCCGUAGAGAGUGCACAGCACAAACAGAAACAGGUGUGAGGAUUUAUGUAUGUGUAUAUAUAUAUAUAUAUAUAU